GUCCGCGCCCCUUUGUGCGGCCGCCGGCGGGCACCAUGCUGUCCAUCGGGGGCAGGUACGCGGGGAAGAAGAGGAAAAAGCCGGCGCGGAGGAGUCCUAAACCACAGCCUCCAGAAGGAGCCAAGUCCAACCCCUCUAAACGGCACCGGGACCGCCUGAAUCAAGAGCUGACCAAACUGACCAACUUGCUGCCCUUCCCUGAGGAUGUGCGGGCCCGGCUUGACAAGCUCUCCAUCCUCAGGCUGAUUGUGGGCUACCUAAAGGUGAAGAGCUACUUCGCAGCCAUCCUAAAGGACAGCAUUGCAGACUGCUCAGGUGACCCACCCAUGAAUCCAGGAAGAAGUGAGCAUACCUCUCCACAGGUCAAUGCAGAACUGUUUCCUGAAGGGGACUUGCUUCUUCAGGCCCUCAACGGCUUCCUCAUGGCAGUUACAGAGGAUGGCUAUGUUUUAUACGUCUCUCCCACGGUCCAGGACUACUUGGGAUUUCAUCAAUCAGAUGUCAUCUAUCAGAGUGUGUUCGAGCUGAUCCACAAGGAGGAUAGAGCCAUGUUCCAGAGCCAAUUUCUCUGGCCUCCAGAUGCAGCACCUAUCAGCAGAGAGGGAGAGCAGGACAGCCACCCUCUGCCUGGAGAGAACUGUCUCUCACUUAGUGGCACCCCCACUGACAGCCUUCAACAUCAGCCCUUGGAGGACCCCUCCUAUCUGGAAAGAAGUUUUGUCUGUCGGUUCCGCUGCCUGCUGGACAACUCUUCUGGGUUUCUGGAGCUGAAUUUCCAUGGCCAUCUUAAACUCCUCCCUGGGCAGAACAAUAGAUCAGAAGAUGGCAUCCUCAUGUCUCAACUCACCCUGUUUGCCAUUGCAACACCUCGCCAGCCACUCACCAUCCUGGAGCUCCAAAACAAAACAUUUCUUUUCCAAACAAAACACAAAUUGGAUUUCACACCUAUAGCCUGUGAUUCCAGAGGCAAGGUGGUCCUGGGUUACACCGACAGCGAACUCUGCAGGAAAGGAUCGGGCUACCAGUUCAUCCACGCGGCCGACAUGAUGCACUGCGCCGAGAAUCACGUGCGGAGUGAGUUCGGGAGGCGCCCUCAGGGCCCAACCCCGCCCCGCGGGGCUGGGGCAAAUCCUCCCCCCGCCUGCUGCCCCCCCCCCCCUCCCGCAGAGGGCUCCCAGGGAGGGCAGGUGCGCGUCCGAGCUCCGAUGCGAGCGCAGGCUCUCUCUACAGUGAUGAGGACGGGUGAGAGCGGCCUCACGGUGUUCCGGCUGCUCACCAAGCAGGCCGGCUGGCUGUGGGUGCAGUCCAACGCCCGCCUGGUGUUCCGUGGCGGCCAGCCCGACUGCAUCGUCGCCCGGCAGCGGGCCCUGACGAAUGCAGAGGGGGAAGAUCACCUGCGCAAGAGGGCCCUGCAACUGCCGUUCACCUUCACCACAGGGGAAGCCAUCCUGUAUGAUAGCAGCCCCCUGAGCCCUCUGACUUCCCUCCCAGCCAGGAAGAGGAUCCGGGAAAGGAAGGGCACCCCCACUGGUCAGGGCCCUGUGCACCCAGGCUCUCUCCUGGGAGCCAUGAUGCAGCAAGAUGAAUCCAUGUAUUUGUCCUGCAUGGUCCCAACCACCCAAGGCUCACCCUUGGAGAGGCAGGGGUCCAAUGGCAGACAUGAGGACAAGGAAGAGAAAGAGAAGGAGGAAGACCACUCCUUCCUGUCCCUCAUUGAGACCCUGCUGGAGAAGGACACAGAAGAACAGCCUGAUCUCUGCUCCACUCUCCAGCACCUGGGGGUCACUGACCUCAAGCAGUGUUUGUGGGAAGAGAGCCUUCUCAGGGCUGACUCAGGCCCUGCAGGGUCUCAGAACUUCCACCCACUGCCCUCCAGUCAGGGAGGGGGCUCCCACAGGGAAAAGGAAGUACUUUUUCGUGACAGUGGAAAUGUGGCAUUGCCCCCACCAGCCAGCACAACUGUUCCACAGACCCUAAAGCCACAGCCUUCUCUGGGCUCGGGCCAGCUAACUGGGGAAGUAACUCCACCUCAGAACAUGGGCACAGUGCCCAGCUGCCUUCACACACACACCCAGCAUUUUUUCACCACUGGCCCUACAUUCCAGAGCCCUCCACAGUGGCAGCCUCAGCACACCCAGGCAGCAGCUUUAAAUUUUGGGAUAUGCCAGAAACCAACAAUAUUUGACUUCAGCCCCCUCCCUGAGGCCUCCAGCCCCAGACAGCCUGCUCAGGUGUUUCAGCCAAACCACACAUCUUUGCUCCCUUUAGGAGAAAAUGUUGUCCCUGGACACCUGGAUCAGCCAGACCCUGGUUUUCUUGAUUUUUGCAAAGAACCUAUGCUCUGGACAGCCUCACACAGUGGUCAGUGUCAAGGGCCCUUCAUCUCCUCAGACCCUACCUCCUGGGGCACCCAUCCCUCGGAGAGCAUUUGGGAUUCCCCCAUCCAAGGCCAGCCAGUAAUGGUCCCUGUGGAAGUGGAGGCAAGGCAGGCCCAGCCUGACCCCUUCCACCACCUGAAGUCAACCAUGGCCAACUCAUGCCCUCCAUGGGCAGGGCCAGCCAGUGACAUUCCUCCUGAAUUGUGCUGUGGUUUGCCCCCAUCGGUGCAGGGGGCACUAGGUACCCCAAAGGACACACUUGGGAGUCAAGAGCACCCACCGCACUCCUUGGUGGUGAGUCAGCUCUCGGGGAGCCCUGCCUGUCCUUCCCAGGAGCUCCUGCACAAACCCUUGGCUAUGCAGGACUCUUACAGCAUGGACUGCCCCUGCCCAGCUGCCAAGCAGCAGCAGUGGCUGCAGACCCAGGAGGCAUACGGGCCAGUGACAGAAGGAUUUCCAAGUGUCCAGCACCUGGGUGGCUGCUCAAGAGAUGCCAUUCCCCCCGCCGUGCAGCCGAGCCCCUUCCUGUCCUCCAAAAGCAGCUCCCCAGGUAUAGGCAGCAGCCAAUGCAAGAGCCCAGCAGAACCCACAAGGCGGAGCAAGGACAGACCGGUCAUCCUAGCCCCAGGUGCUGUGGUAAAAUCCCAGGUGCAGUCCAGCCCUGUUCUGCCUCCCUGCCAUCCUGACCCUGCCUGCCCAUCUACGUCUACGCAGGGCAGCCAUGACCUCCAGCUCCAGUGUUAUCAAAACAAAGUGCACAGCACCAGAGCACCUGGGAUUGCAAGCCUCAAAGGAAGCAUGUUUUCCUCCAAAUUCUGACUUAGGCCAUAUCGUGCUCUUCGCCCCUGUCUGUGAACGUGAUUUGGAGCCUUAACUAUUAACAUUUUCCCUUGAAUUGAAGUAUCUUAAAUUUUCAUAUUUCUGGGUCAAUAGUUAACUGUUUUCUAUGUGUAAUUACACAUAUCUGAAACCUUAUUCUCUGUAUCCCAAAGAUAUGUGGGGUUUUUUUUUCCUCAUUUCAUUCUGUGCACUUUAUACUCAAGACACACACAGAAUUCUCAUCCUUGUUAGAAAAGUAACUUUCGAUCCACAAAAAUGUUCAUAGGAAAGAGACAUAAUGGGCAUCCAACCCCCUAGACACAUUCCAACAUUUGCCUUCACAAUGACAUUUCCAAGCUCAGAGCUGAGGCUCAGCAUCAGACAACCUAUUUACAAUCAGGGCCACCCAGACACAUGGUUCUUACAGCACAAUGACAUGCUGAGAGCCACACGUGGAGAAGGGAUGUGAGCCCUUUGGCCUAGACCCCUGAAAAGGGUUUGGCCUUCACCCAGUAUCUAGGACACGGGAGAAGAGGGUCCUCUGUGGAGCCCAUGUGCAGAAAGAAUCGUGUCCUGCCUGAGAGGAAGGCAUGGGGACGCUGUAGAUGGAAGAUCCAGACAGUGGUGCACCCUUGAGGCACAGAGUGCGUGGACCUCAGUCUCCCAGCAGAGCAAACAGAAACACUGGCGGCCACUACUUCUCCUGCCAUAAAGGACUCAGAACGGUUGAGACUCACAGUAGCACUUCCACUGACUUGUGAGGCUUCAACCACAGAACUCAUUGUUCAGGAGCUGAAUGGAUGAAACAUCAUCAAGUACAACCGCCAUUGGACUUGUUCACCACUGUCACCCAGAACCAGGCACACAGUGAGUGGGUGCUUAAUGAAUGGUAAUAAACAAGUAGUCAGGAGUGGCCAGAG